GGCUGCCCCUCUGGUUGCCAGGGGUUAUGGCAGGGGGAAGAAGGGGACCUAACCGGACAUCCUACUGCCGCAACCCUCUCUGUGAAGCUGGAGCUCCUGGUGGUGCCAGCCACUCCACAACUUCUUCAGUCACUAGUGUGCGUUCACGUACCAGGAGCGGUUCAGGGACAGGUCUUUCCAGCCCUCCUUUGGCAACCCAAACAGUGGUUCCUCUCCAGCAUUGCAAGAUCCCAGAACUGCCCAUUGAGAGGAGCAUCUUGUUUGAACUCCAACUCUUCUUCUGUCAUCUUAUUGCUCUCUUUGUCCACUACAUAAACAUCUACAAAACAGUCUGGUGGUACCCACCCUCUCACCCUCCCUCCCAUACUUCAUUGAAUUUUCAUCUCAUUGAUUUCAAUGUCCUGGCAGUGACCACUAUUGUUUUGGCAAGAAGAUUGAUCAUUGCUAUUGUGAAGGAAGUGAAAGAGGCUUCUCAUUCGGGCAAGGUGUCCUUGCCACGCUCCAUCUUCCUGGUCACCAUGCGCUUUGUUGUCCUAACUGGCGCAGGCUGGAGUCUCUGCCAAUCUAUUAUCCACCUCUUCAGAUCAUACUCGCUCCUCAACCUCUUGUUCCUAUGUUAUCCGUUUGGCAUGUACAUCCCCUUCCUGCAGCUGAACUGCGAUUUUCGCAAGAGCAGCUUCUUCUCUCCCGUGGCCAGCAUUGGCCCUCGUGACACAGGGGAUGUCAGCUUGCGGGGAAAGGACUACCUCUCUUUUCUCAAGGAGACCUGGAAGCAGCACACUCGGCAGCUCUACAGCAUGGAGACUAUGCCCACCCAUGCCUGCUGUCUCUCCCCAGAUCUGAUCCGCAACGAAGUAGAGUAUCUGAAGGUGGAUUUCAACUGGCGCAUGAAGGAGGUGCUGCUAAGCUCCAUGCUCAGUGCCUAUUAUGUGGCCUUUGUACCAGUGUGGUUUGUGAAGAGCACACAAUAUUACGACAAGCAGUGGUCUUGUGAGUUGUUCCUCUUGGUCUCCAUCAGCACAUCUGUCAUCCUCAUGCAGCAUCUGCUGCCUGCCCGCUACUGCGACCUCCUGCAUAAGGCUGCCGCACAUCUGGGUUGCUGGCAGAAGGUCGACCCAUCUCUCUGCUCCAACGUGCUGCAGCAUCAGUGGACGGACGAAUGUCUGUGGCCACAGGGGGUGCUAGUGAAACACAGCAAAAACGUCUACAAAGCGGUGGGCCACUGCAAUGUGGCAGUGCCUUCGGAUGUCUCCCACUUCCGCUUCCACUUUUUUUUCAGCAAGCCUCUGCGGAUCUUGAACAUCCUGCUCCUCCUCGAAGGAGCCGUCAUCUUCUAUCAGCUCUACUCGCUGGUGGUCUCCGAGAAGUGGCACCAGACCAUCUCGCUGGCCCUGAUCCUCUUCAGCAACUACUAUGCUUUCUUCAAACUUCUACGGGACCGCCUGGUGCUGGGGAAAGCGUACUCGUACUCUGCCACCAGAGAGACGGAUCUGAAGCUGAACUGAGGGCCCGGUGCAGGAGG